AUGGCCCGGCCGGACGCGGGAGCGGCGGCGGCGAACGAAGGGGCCCAGCACCAGCGCCCAGGCACCGCUUCCGCUGCCGCUGCCCAGAGCGGCCCCGGGCCCGCCUCGGCGGAUGGCGCCGCCACCGGCCGGGAGGCGCAGUGCCCCGGGCGCGCCCACACCGGGGAGGCGGUCCCGGGCGGGACCCGCCCCGAGGGCAGUCCCCAGGGCGCGAGUGACAUCCGCACGCCCCCGGGCACCGCCUGCCCCCGCCUGGCCCCUGCCGUGUCCUCGCGGCCGCGACGCCACCAGGGGCCGAGGCCACCCCCAUCUGCCCUCGCAGGACACCUGCCCCCGAGGGGGCCGCUGCGGCCACCACCCCCUGAGUGCAGACGCAGCCCACGUCCAGCUGCUGCCCACCGCGGACAUCUCAGCCCCCUCCAGGCUGUGCCUGGGCACCGCCCGGGCACGGACACCCAUCUGCAGAGAUGCCCCCUGCGUGUGGACAUGCCACCCACCACCCAGGUGCCACCCGAGCGCCUCAGCGUGCCACUCGUGUUACAGGCCAGCCUGGCACCAGCUGCCACCCACGUUCAGCUACCACCUGCGUGUGGGCACCACCUGUGCCAUUCCCCCACCCACCUGCAGACACCACCUAUGUGCCAGCGUCAGUCACCGACAGAUGCCACCCCCGUGCCCAGGCACGCAGCCUGCAUCUCCCUGGCAUGGCACAGGGGGCACAGAGCAGCCCUGGGCACGCUUAGCUGCCCACGAGGGACCCCACAGGACUUCUUCCCGAGAGAGCAGCUCCUUUGCUGGCUGUGA